AUGCCUCGCGCAUCAAAGAGAAGGACUGCUCCUACGCAAGUUGUUGAGGGCAGCUCUAAACGCAGACGAACAACCCUUAAGCCAGAUCCCAGAGAUGUCAUCAUUAUUGACUCGGACGUCGAACAAAGUGAUGAUGAGCUGAGAGACAUAAUUUCUCAAAUCGAAGCUCAAGAACAAGUCAUAAAGAAAUCUGUUCGUACGCAGGAUAAACCUGUUGCUUCGAGUUCAAAAAUCGCACCAAUCGACCUGGAAGGUGAUGCUGAGUUUGCACGAAGGCUCGCUCAGGAAUGGGCUUCAGAAGACAAUAAUAGAGGCGCGUCUUCUGAUGUAGAGAUAAUUGAAGGACCAUCAACAGUCGUCAAUAUAAGUCGGUCCAAUGUCUCAGAAUACAGUCAACGGCUUUCUGCUGGUCCCAAUCUAAAAUCUCCUUCACCACAUUUCAAUAGAUCCAAAAAUUACCAGCAAUCGCCGACGAAGCCUGACGAGGCUCUAGAGCCCUUCAAAGAUCUCUUUACAAAGACGAGGCGGUGUUCAAAGUGUUCAAAAUCGGUGGAGUCGCCGCGGGGAUGCGUCAUGCUCUCUGAAUCCUUGAUGCCGCUGUCUAUGACACAACUACUUCACGCCCCAUGCUCUUCUUGUCGCACAAAUCAUUGUCGAGGAUGUUUUACGCCAAUCGUUUGCCCUGUUACAUGUAAAGGCCCAGGACGAAAUGCAAAAUGUCCGGUCUUAAAGUGUUGUGCGGAAGGCCGCGCUAUUGCAAUUUUCGAAGUACUGGGAGGUUUUGAUCGUCAGUAUAACGUUGAAAGAACAGCCUCUGAAUCUCGGGCACUGGCUAUAGCUAAAAAUCAAUCGAAAAGGACAAAAAAGUCUGUUGGACCCGGUGGUACAGGCUAUGGAAUCGAUGACGGAGCAUAUGGAUACUACGGAGGAGGACCUAAAGAGAAGUCUAACUCACGUCAGAAGGACGCCGCACAAAAAUGGGAUAAAAUUUUACUGAGCGCUCUGAAUACACUUACAGAGCUUUUGCCUGCACCGUAUGCCGAUGAUCCUCAAGUUUACGACAUGCUCCCGCAGGCAUCUAUAGGCCAUUUGAUCAACCUGUCCCAAAUACCUACUCUGCUAGCUACUCUGCUGCGUAACGAUUCCGUAACGGACUGGAUAUCUCGCAAGGAGAUUUACAAUGCAAUGCUAUCUCUCCUACGCCGUAUGGCAGAUUGCGAGCUCACCGUACCGUGUUUAAUAGGAGAACGUUGGGAAGUGGCAUCGACGUGCGGCCUGGAGAACUGGGUCUGGGGAAAUGGCGAAAUUACUCUGGAGAAUUCGAAAACGCCUCCUUUGUAUGCGUUUUUUAAAAAGUUGACCAAACAAUCAGAAGCAUUCAUGGCGGGAGCUGCGCAAAUGGUCGGUAUGGGUGAUGCCGACGCUGAAGUGGAUGAGAUGAUGAUACAAGGGACCUCUCUUUCUGGUGACAUUGUAGCGGCGCGGGACGACUUGGAACGUGCCAUUGCAGUCCUCGGAAAAUCUGAGCAUGCAGAGCGUGAAAACCGGAUGGAAGGAGCGGAAGGUCGACCAAGUGACCUUCAGCAGCUAAAAGCGAACUCGUCUAUAGGUAAAGGAAAGGGUCGAGACGUUUCUCUCGACUUUGACAAGGUCUAUGCAGAAGCUUGUGAAAGGUUAUCUUUCAAGCAUGUGUCACUGGGUGAGGCCAGUGUCAGCGGAGAUGAGCUGAACUACUCAGGUUAUUAUUAUGCUGCUCAACUAAAUCAGACACGAAAUUCGACGCGUGUUCCAAAAGACCGUCUUCACCUAUUGAAGGAACUGGCGGUUAUGGCUACAAGUCUCCCUCCUGGAGUAUGGGUGCGCGUAGACGAAGUUCGGAAUGACGCAAUCAAAAUAAUGAUUGCAGGACCCGAUGGCACGCCGUAUUCCGGGGGUUUAUUUGAGUUCGAUUGCUUUAUGCCAAUCCAAUAUCCAACAAAUCCGCCUCUUAUGCAACUCAAAACCACUGGAGGUGGCUCUGUACGGUUCAAUCCGAAUCUCUACAAUGAUGGAAAAGUUUGUUUGUCACUCCUUGGAACGUGGCCCGGACGGCCCGAGGAGCAAUGGUCUCCGAAGUCUACUCUUCUUCAAGUUCUUGUCAGCAUACAAAGUAUGAUACUCAUAGAUGCACCCUAUUACAACGAACCCGGACAUGGUCAAGCUAAUCUGAAAGCUCCUGUCAGCAUUCAAUAUAAUCGCGAAAUAUCUAAACAAACUGUUAAAUGGGCUAUCGUGGAGUGGCUAAACGAGGACCACCGUAAUGGGAUCUGGAGAGACGUCAUUGCAUCACACUUCAGUAUCCGCAAGGAAAAAAUUCGCAGCCAGAUUGUUGAAUGGAGUAAGAGCGAUUCUUCAAUACGAAGAUAUCAAACAAGCCACGUCUACUAUCGCGGGCCAACCAGAGGACGCACUACUUGGGAAGCUACUCCCCAAAACGAUAUAGACCUGCUCGCCGAAUUCGACAAGGGUAUCAAAAAGAUUGAAUCCUGGUGCAAAGAGCAAAAUGGAGAGUGA